AUGUCCGUAUUCGAUUCUGAAGUACUGCAAUUUUUUGCACUAUGCGUUUUGAUAUUGGCCGUGAUACAUCCGGACGCAUUUUUUUACGUCACUAACGAACGACAACUGCACAAUGAGACGGAAGUAUACUUCAAAGACGGAUUUCAAUUUAAUGCGAAAGAAACGCUACCUGAGCUGCCGACUCCCAUCCCGCAGAUCAGCGCUGCCAGAGUCGAAUAUCAGUCAUCCGUUUUUCUACCCAGGAAUGACCUGGUGCUGGUGACUCAGAGAAAUCUCAGGACAGGUGAAGCGCAUUUGGCUGUUGUCCUGCUGUUUGGGCUGAUUCUAAUUACAACGCUGAUGAUAUAUGGUGUGAUAAAGGGUCGUCCUCUUUACGUAUUGCCGUUCUUCUGCUUUCAAGUGCUGGAUUUGGUUCUGGCGUGCGUCAGUGCAAUCGGGCAUUAUACGUGGAUGCCUAGCAUUCAAACCAUAAUUGAGAAAAAUCCUGAUAUUCCUUUUCGGGACCAGCUACUCAACGUAAACGGACAAUGGGCUGCUAUGGGGCUGUUGUUCUUUUUUGUUCUUAUGCUUAUCCUCAAGGUAUAA